AUUCAGGAAGUAAACCGGACAAACCCGGGGAAAACUGAAACUAACAAGAUUCUCUAGGUCCCGACCCCCACCUCCAAGCUUGCAGAAGCUGUCUACUGCUGGGGUGAAAAGGGACUGCGGCCAGCCGGAGAGCGCUGCAUUGAGCAGCAGAGGAUCAGCUUUCCGGAGUCCUCACCGGAGCUGAGAGGUUGGUCCUUACGAAAAAGGAGCAGAAUUUCAAUUCUACCCAGAAAGUGCUGCGCUUCCUGCUUGACCCCCGCCCGCCCUGGCGCGAGUGCUGCGCCACGCCAAGUACGUCAUGUUGUUGCUGGGGGAAGACAAAACUGGCGGAAAGUUCCAGGCGAUCAGAUCGUUUUAAUGGCCGAGAACGGAGGUGGCAGCCCAAAAGCCGUGGCUCCGUGGAACAGAUGAAGUCUCAGGUUACAGUGUGAACCAGCCAGAAAAGCCGCCGCCAGCCCGCGGAGCCCAGGCAGAAGGGGAAAGCGCAGCGGGUCGUCUGCCGGCGGGGACUGUCGGGAACGUGAAAAGGAUGAGCUCCCUCGGUUGCGGCCAUAAGGACGACGGUGAGGAGAAGGAUGAGGACGUGGGUGAACAUGGCGAUACCGACCCAAAGCCCAAAGGCAAGAGGGAAUUGGAGUCGCACGCGAAAAGGGAACCGGAUGAAAGGGCCGUCCGCAUCCCCAUCCCGGAAGUGCUCCAGCAGCGGCUGACGGACGACUGUUACUACAUCAACCGCAGGCGGCGGCUGGUGAGGCUGCCAUGCCAGACCAACGUGGGGGCCAUCCUGGAGUGCUACGUGCGCCACUUCUGGGCGAGCGCGCUGUCCUCGGGGGACCGCCGGUCGCACCCCCAGCGCACCGCGCCCGAGAGGAGCGUGGGCCUCUGCAGGGAGAUGGCGGACGGGCUGCGCAUCACCUUCGACCACGCGCUCCCCCUCGUGCUGCUCUACCCUCAGGAACAGGCACAGUAUGAAAUGGUGACUUCCUCCACCUUUUUCUUUCCGACUGAGGAGAAAGCCACCGAGACAGGCAGGAGCCAGGAGGCGCCCUGGCCGGGCCCAUCCACCCCGCAGCCCUCCGAGAGCCAGCCCGUGGCCGGGCCCGCCGCCCACAAGAGGCGCAGAGCGGAGGCGGAAGUGCCGCGGGCUCCCAGGCGGUCCAUGCGACACCUUGCCCACUGCCACUGGCAGCCUGAGGACCGGGCCUCACCCCAGGCCAAGCGCAGUGUGCCCAAGCUGUUCCCGCACUUGCAAAAGACACCUGUGCACGGCACAUCACCGUCCCCCUUUUCUCUCACUCCAGGGAAGGAAGGGAGUGCUAUGUUUGCUGGCUUUGAAGGGACAGCAGAGGAACUAAAUGAGAUCCUCUCCUGGAAGCUUGUGCCUGACAAUUACCCCCCAGGACACCAGCCGCCUCCCCCCUCAUACAUUUAUGGCGCACAGCAUUUACUGCGACUGUUUGUGAAACUCCCCGAGAUUCUUGGAAAGAUGUCCUUCUCUGAGAAGAACCUGAAAGCAUUACUGAAGCACUUGGAUCUCUUCCUGAGAUUUUUAGCAGAAUACCAGGCAGAAUUCUUCCUGGAGUCGGCAUAUGUCUCCGCCUGUGAGGCCCACUAUAGCAGCAAGAACCCCAGGACAAUCUGUUAAAGUUUGAUGGCUCUGUAAGCACCUGGCUUGGUGUUUUCCUUUCUAGGUGGGCCCACCCUGGGGGAGGAGGGGCUCUGAGAGAGGGCAGGCUUCGGGAUUUGAGUUAUUCACAUACUGUAGGGUUUUUUGUUAAGAAUAACUUCCUGGGCUAUUGUGGUUGUCAUGCCUGUAGGGAAGUAAAGUUGCUUAUUUUUUUAAAAAAUGCAUGCUAUUGCACAGGCUGUGUGUGGUAGCAAGAAGCAGCCACUGCUGUGUUCAGGGGGAACAUUCAUGAAAGUAUACAUAGGUUAGGCUGUUCUGCUAGACAUCACAGUGAGUCGUUGGCAAGAACCACACUGUUUAGAUAUUUCUUAGCAUUAAAAUGUUUUUAAAGAUGUUUAAUGUGAUGAGACUAGAGAACUCUGUUCAACACACUUGAGUUCAUAUUUGGACAUAGCAUCAUCUCAAAAUAUUUUAGGGGUAAAUGAAUAUUGACAGCAAAAGAGAAUCUGCAACUUUAGAGUUUGUAACUGCUCCCUUUCUGUGAAACAUUACUCUUGGUGAUCUAAAUAAAGCAUUUUUGUCUUGUUUGAAAAAAAUCUUCAUAAGUCUUACU